AUGCCUCUCUACGACGUCGAACACGUCACGCCGCUCACGCUCGACCAACAAGCCGGUCUCGCGCAGGCAUUCAGCAGUCUCCACGCGCGACGGUUCAAGACGCCCAGAACCUUCAUCAACGUCCGCUACACCGACGUCAGCGGCCAGGUCGUCUUCCGCGGGGGGAAGAGGGCAAAGUACAACCGCGUCAUCCUGCGGACGAGGCAGGGCGAGCAGCGCACCAAGGACAUCUACGACGAUCACGCCCGCGAUAUCAUCCGCGUCUGGGAAGGUGUGGUGGGUAGCCAGGGAGAGCUGGCCUUGAGGACGGUGUGGGUCAUGGGCGCCUUGACGACGGCCGUGGAGUGUGGAAUCGCCAGGCCAAAGGUCGGCGAGGAAGACAAGUGGGUGCAAGACAACAUGGACGAAUUCAAGAGGUUGGCCGCAGAAGGGGACACUGAUUUCAUCGAUCUGCUUCAAGAGCUAGAGGCGAAUGGCAGGUAG